GGGUGUUCCAGUUAGCUAGCAUGUGGCCUAAAAUGUACCCUCUAUUUCACGUGACGCCGGCCACUCUUUCAUUUAUUACUCCCCGACUAAAAUGUACAAACCCCCAACACGUUUACGCAUUUGCCCUUCAACAAAAUCUCAAUCAUCAUUUAAUUCCGCCGCGGCCGUGAAGGCAGAAUGGUCUUUACAUCCCUGAUAUUUUCUUUCAACUUGUACGUCGCUUUAGCGCGAGAAACGGUUUAUGUACUGUACACUGAAGUUGCUGUUGCUGGACAGAGUUGGUGAUUGAAGAUGGGGUCUUCCAUGGCUGCUGAUAAAAACAACGAACACGGUUCAAUCGAGGGUUUUCAACGAGAAAGAUCAGUAGCAGUAGUAGCAGUAGAAGAAGAAAAAGCUUAUAUUCGCGGAAAUGGAGAUUUGGGAAGCAAGGAGGGGAUAUUCAGUAAACGGAAGGUAGAUUUUGGUGAAGCCGCCGUAACUAGCAAAUCUCAGAGUCAUCUAGGAUCUUCUAGAUUUGCACAAAGGAACGAGGAAUGGGGAGUAUUGUCAACUGAUGACGAUGUUAGGAUGAGUGAUGUGACAGAAGGCAGCUGCUUCAAACCAAUCCCUGGGAGAGGUUCAUUUCGCGGAAGGGGAAGUAGCCGGAGCUCGGGUGAGAGGAAAUCUUCAGUAGCUCACUCGGAGUCAUCUGUACGGGCAUCAGAAUCGUCGAAAUACGGGAGCAUGCCUCAAUCGCCUCCUUACUUGCCGUUCAAUGAAGAAGUGAAGGAUGUUCUGGCGACGCUUAAACAGACAUUUGUUGUGUCCGAUGCAACUAAGCCUGAUUGUCCCAUAGUCUAUUCUAGCGAUGGCUUCUUUACCAUGACCGGCUAUUCUUCAAAUGAGGUUAUUGGAAAUAAUUGUCGCUUUCUACAGGGCGCCGAUACCGACCAGAAGGAAGUUGAUAAAAUACGGGUGGCAGUAAAAACAGGGAAAAGCUACUGCGGGAGGCUGUUGAACUACAAGAAGGACGGGACUCCUUUUUGGAAUUUGCUAACAAUCACUCCCAUUAAAGAUGACAAUGGGAACUUAAUUAAAUUUAUUGGAAUGCAGGUUGAAGUAACCAAAUACACUGAAGGAGUUGUUGACAAGGCAUUGCGACCAAAUGGGUUACCUCAGUCAUUGAUUCGUUAUGAUGAUCGCCAGAAGAUAAAUGCAUUAGGUUCGAUAACAGAAGUCGUACAGACUGUAAAGAAUCGACUACCACAGGCACAACCAAUGGUUCCUAUAAUGUAUGAAACUGAACUAUUGAGUAAACAUAGUUCACUAACCCUUCAGCGGGAUCCCAAGGGCAGUUUAUCUCUGCAGGACUCUGUAAAAAGAUCUAGAGAAACGAGACACAUUUCUUUAAUGAGGUUACAAAGAUGGUCUUCCAGCAGUGUAGGACAGAAUGAAAGCAGAAAACUUUUGGAGCCUGAAAUUUUGAUGGCAGAUGAGACUGAACGAUCUGACAGUUGGGAAAACGCUGAAAGAGAAAGGGAUAUACGCCAAGGAAUUGACCUUGCAACCUCACUGGAGCGUAUUGAAAAGAAUUUCGUGAUUUCAGAUCCUAGGCUUCCUGAUAAUCCAGUUAUAUUUGCUUCUGAUAGUUUUCUUGAACUGACAGAGUAUACACGUGAAGAAAUCCUGGGAAGAAACUGCCGGUUUCUUCAGGGGCCUGAAACCGAUCAAGCAACUGUUCAAAAAAUAAGAGAUGCCAUCAGAGAAGAAAGAGAAAUCACAGUCCAGUUAAUUAAUUAUACCAAGAGCGGGAAAAGGUUCUGGAAUAUGUUUCACUUGCAACCUAUGCAUGAUCAGAAGGGGAGCCUGCAAUACUUCAUCGGUGUGCAGUUAGAUGGAAGUGAUCAUGUAGCACCACUUAGGGAUCGCCUCUCAGAUCAAACAGAGCAAAAAAGUGCUAUCUUGGUUAAAGCUACUGCAGAAAAUGUUGAUGAAGCUGUGAGAGAGCUUCCUGAUGCCAACUUGACACCAGAGGACUUAUGGGCCCUGCACUCUCAACCUGUCUUUCCUAGGCCUCAUAGAAAGAACACUACUUCAUGGACAACGAUGCAAAAGAUCACUGCCAAUGGUCAAACAAUUGGCCUUAAUAAUUUCAAACCUGUGAGGCCAUUGGGAUGUGGAGAUACUGGGAGUGUGCAUUUGGUGGAGCUAAAAGGCACGGGUGAACUCUAUGCUAUGAAGACUAUGGAUAAAUCUGUAAUGCUCAACCGCAACAAGGUUCACCGAGCAUGCAUUGAAAGAGAAAUCAUCUCACUCCUUGACCAUCCUUUCCUUCCAACACUUUACUGUUCUUUUCAGACAUCUACACAUAUAUGCUUGAUAACUGACUAUUGUCCUGGUGGAGAGCUAUUUGGAUUGCUCGAGAAACAGCCUAUGAAAAUGUUUAAAGAGGAUUCAGCAAGGUUCUAUGCUGCAGAGGUUGUAAUUGGUUUGGAAUACCUUCACUAUUUAGGAAUUGUAUACAGGGAUUUAAAACCAGAAAACGUCCUACUUCAGGCUGAUGGGCAUAUUGUACUAACUGACUUUGAUUUAUCCUUCAAGACCACGUGUAAACCCGAAGUGAUAGAGCGCUCUCAUAGCAGAAUUAGAGGCCCAUUUAGGAGCACUCCUGUACCGACAUUUGUUGCAGAACCAACUUCUCGGUCAAAUUCAUUUGUCGGAACUGAAGAGUACAUUGCUCCCGAAAUUAUAACAGGCGGUGGACACAGCAGUGCUAUUGAUUGGUGGGCUCUUGGUAUUUUGCUCUAUGAAAUGCUUUUUGGACGCACACCAUUCAGAGGAAAGAAUAGACAAAAGACAUUCGCCAACAUCUUAAACAAAGAUCCGACUUUCCCAAGUAAUAUUCAGUUGAGCCUGCCAGCAAGGCAGUUAAUUAAAGCAUUGUUAAAUAGAGAUCCUUCCUGCCGCCUGGGAUCAAAUGGUGGUGCAAACGAGAUCAAAGAGCAUCCAUUCUUCAGGGGAAUAAACUGGCCUCUGCUCCGAUGGAUGAGUCCACCUCAACUGGAAUCGCCUCUUCAGUUAAUGGGAGAAGAAACAAACUCCAAUGAAGUAGACUGUGAUGAUGAGAGAGUGUUUGUCCAUUCAAUGGACUUCUUCUAGCGGAGGAAGGGCAUGCAGCAUAUAAUAUUGCCAUUGUUUGCAUAAACUUAUAGUGUUAAUUAAUUUUAUUAAUUAAUGGGCACUAUACAUUUAAUGCAACCGGUCCCAACUAGUUGGGAUUAGGGUGAUGAUGAUGAUCCAACUAUGCAUUCCAGGAAAGCCAGAGCAGGCUUUGUUGUAUGUAUGAGCUAUGUACGGAUGUACCUGUUCCCGCACAAAAGGGAAAGUCAUUAGAAGAAGCAGAGCCAUUUACAUUUAUGGAGAACAUCUUGUGGAAGUGGUAAUUUGUACUCCAUAUCAGUUUGGAGAACUUGAAAGAAAGAUGUAAAUUGUAAAAUAGCCGCUAGCCAGCAAUAAAACAUUAAAACACUAAUAAUGGACAUGUUCCGGGGAAGAGGCUAGUAGCCAAUUCAUCCUCGAGCAAUGCCAUAGUCAAUGAAAGAGGUUUGGUUUUAAUGUUUCUUUCUUGACCGUAAGUACAAUCAAUUUUUCAGAAGUAAGUCUCCUUCAGGGUGUUUGGAACUGA